CACUGAGUAGAGCGGAACAACAGGCGCUCAGAACACCAGUGCGAUGUCGCGCAAGGAUAUAGAGUAGCGCGCUCUGUUGCAUAGUCAUCACGACACAACUCCAGUCGUCCAGACAUAGCUCUCUCUGAACAAGGAAAAUGACGAAAAAGCUUGUAAUAACGGCCAAACGCAAUAGGAACGUAUUGACUCCAAUAUUGGAUUUGGAGAGGAAUAAAGCAUGAUGGUUUUAUAAGAAACUGGUGCCUUUUGGCGCUGUAUAAAACGCACAGGGUGCCUUUUUCAGUUCUCUACAAACACCUGUCAACAGCUGAAAGAUGAAGUUUGGGAAGAGCAUCUGUAUCCUUAAUGUGGGUGGCACAAAAUAUGCGUUCUCUAAGGAGGUGAUAAAAGAUUUCCCUCUGAGUAGAGUGAGCCGUUUGCACAAAUGCGCCUCGGAGAAAGAAGUACUAGAAGUGUGCGACGACUAUGAUCAGGAACGGAACGAGUUUUUCUUUGAUAGGCACUCCGAGGCUUUUUGUUUCAUCAUGCUGUACGUGAAGUACGGGAAGCUACGCUUCGUCCCGCAGAUGUGCGAGCUGUCAUUCUACAACGAGAUGAUUUAUUGGGGGCUGGAGAGCUCACACUUGGAGUUUUGCUGCCAGCGGAGACUGGAUGAUAGGAUGUCCGACUCAUACAUUCAUUUCUCCGAAGAGGAAAACAAACUCGACGAAGAAAUGAGGGGCGAGAAUUUGGUGACUCGAGUGGUCACAGAGGGAGAGGAUUCAAAGUGGCUGGAGAGAAUGAGAAGGACUUUUGAUGAACCGACUUCAUCAGUCGCAGCACAAAUCUUAGCUUCAGUGUCCGUUAUAUUUGUUAUAGUGUCCAUGGUGAUGCUUUGUGCGAGUACUUUGCCAGAUUGGAAAACCGCUGAGAACAACAGUGUGGUGGAGCACAGGUACAAUCCAGACUCUUUAGAGCAUCCAUCCGGGAUCAUCGAGGCUGUGUGUAUCAGCUGGUUCACCGCCGAGUGCAUUGUGCGCUUCAUCGUGUCGCGGGACAAGUGUGAGUUUGUCAAACGGCCCCUCAACGUCAUCGACCUACUGGCCAUCACGCCCUACUACAUCUCCAUCUCCAUGACGAUGCUGACAGGCGAGAACUCGCAGCUGCAGCGGGCGGGCGUCACCCUGCGCGUCCUGCGCAUGAUGCGCAUCUUCUGGGUGAUCAAGCUGGCCCGUCACUUCCUGGGCCUGCAGACUCUAGGGCUGACGCUGAGGCGCUGCUACCGGGAGAUGGUGAUGCUGCUGCUGUUCAUCUGCGUGCCCAUGGCCAUAUUCAGUGCUCUAGCCCAGCUGCUGGAGCAUGGCCUGGACUUGGAGUCGCCCAACGAGGACUUUGCCAGCAUCCCUGCCGCCUGCUGGUGGGUUAUUAUCUCCAUGACCACUGUGGGCUAUGGAGACAUGUACCCCAUCACCGUGCCUGGGCGAGUGCUGGGUGGCCUGUGCGUGGUGAGCGGCAUCGUGCUCCUGGCACUACCCAUCACCUUCAUCUACCACAGCUUCGUGCAGUGCUACCAUGAGCUCAAGUUCCGCUCGGCCCGCUGCACGCGGAGCCUGUCCGCAGAGUUUCUCAACUGAGGGACCACUGACGUUGCAGGAGGGUUAAUAGGGGGGUGGGG